GGUCGCACUGAUUGGUACUGUUAGCCCCUGGACACGUGACCUGUCUGACUCUCAUUGGAGAGGAACGGGCUUUCAGCUUAGGCUCUCGCGGGUAUGCUGCAUGAAGAUGGCGGCCGAACUGGUGGAAGCGAUGAACAUGGUGAAGAGUUUCCGAGUGUCUGACCUGCAGACGCUGCUGGCCUCCAUGGGCCGCAGCAAGAGCGGGCUGAAGCAGGACCUGGUGGGGCGGGCCCUGCGGCUGGUCCAGACCGAGUACAGCCCCGAGCUGCUGAAGAACGUGCGCCAGCUCUACGAGUCCCGCUUUCCCAAGGCCUCGGGCUGGCUGGCCGCCCGCCGCCCGGAGGGGGGGGUCCCGCUGGCCUACGCCCGCAGCGCCUCCCCGGCCGCCGCCAACGCCAACGCCCUGGGCACCGACUACCUCAACGGCAUCCCCAAGCCGUCCCCGACCCCCGCCGCCGAAGUCAAGCUGGUCAAGCUGCCCUUCUACCAAACCCUGGAGACGCUCAUGCCCCCGACGGAGCUGAGUGAGUCGCCACGCGCCCUGCGCUUUGACCCGGAGAGCGAGAUCGCCACCACGGGACUGCGCGUGUCACUCAUCUGUCCGCUGGUGAAGAUGCGUCUGGGCGUGCCCUGUCGGGUGCUCACCUGUGCGCACCUGCAGUGCUUCGACGCCGUCUUCUUCCUGCAGAUGAACGAGAAGAAGCCCACGUGGACCUGUCCCGUGUGCGACAAGCCCGCCCCCUUCGAGCUGCUCACCAUCGACGGGCUGCUGUCUGAGAUCCUGAAGGAGACCGAGGACGUGGAGGAGAUAGAGUACCUCACCGACGGCUCCUGGAGGCCGAUCCGCGACGAGAAGGAGCGGGACAAGGAGAGGGAGCGCAGCAACACGCCCGACUACCCAGUGCUGGACAUCUGCUCUUCGGAGGCCAACGGCCUCUCCCCGGCGCACAGCAGCACCAGCCAGACCGGGAAGUCCGGAGCGGGCGGCGCCGUGGCGACGGCGGGCGGAGCCGCGGGCGGCGGCGGCGGCGGGGGCGGCGGCGCCGUGGUCGAUCUGACUCUGGACUCUUCCUCCGAGGAGGAGGACGGGGGCGGGCCGGCGGGGGACAGCGAGGACACAGAGGACAGCCAGGACAGCCCCCCUCCCAAAAGAGGCCGAUACGCCUACGAUAAGGACCUGGUCACCGCGUACUGACCGGACGGACACACAGACUGACAGAGCAGCUGGGGCUCAGAGCUGCUGAGAGCAUUCGAUAGAUCCUAAACCCCCCCCCCC